AUGCUGUCAAAGUACUUUGAUGUACUCCCCGUUAUCGCUGGUCUGACAGGUGUCAGCACCCACGUUCUACUUUACCGCCACGGAGAAUGGGAUCUGAAAGCCCCGAGAGUCGUGAUCAACUACGCGAUUCUGACCGCCGUACUGGCUAGCCUGGAGUACCUCGGCACCUUGGAGAAGCUUGAAAUCCCGACCACGCCAAAUUGGUCACUACAACUCGUCGCAUAUCAUGUGUUGGGAAUCUAUAGUAGUAUGCUACUUUAUCGAGGAGCGUUUCAUCGACUGAAUAAAUUCCCCGGGCCAUUUCUCGCCCGACUAUCAAACUUCUACGUGACUUUCUUGUCGGCGAAGAAUUUCCAUCUAUACGAAGAGACGGAAAAUCUUCACCGCAAAUUUGGGGAUUACGUUCGCAUCGGUCCUACUGAACUCUCUAUCUCGGACCCAGCUGCUGUCAAAUUACUCUACAGUUCCCAGGCGGUGGCUCACAAAGGGCCAUGGUAUAAUUGCAUUGAGCCUCGAGUUUCUCUUCAAACCGAUCGGGAUAAGGCCUCUCACGCACGACGACGGAAGGUCUGGGACCAGGCCUUCAGCUCUCAAGCGCUGCGAGACUAUGAGCCCCGAGUGGCCUACUACUCUGCAAAACUAAUCCAGGCCAUCGAAAAGGAUAUCGGCAAACCAAUGAAUAUGACAAAGUGGUUCAAUUUCUAUUCCAUUGAUGUUAUGGGGGAUCUUUCCCUAGGGAAGUCAUUUGACAUGCUCGCAGAUGGAAAUGACAAGUACUUCUAUACGCAGCUGCACGCUGAUAUGAAAAUGAUUGGACUUUUCAGCCAUCUGAUGUGGCUAUUCCCGUUUUUCAAGCGCAUUCCCCUUAUCAACGCUGAUUAUCUCAAGUUUGAUAUCUUCUCAUGGAUUCACAAGGCUUUUGAACAAGGCCCCAAGACCGAUCAAGAUCAUCUCAACCUGCACGGCGAUACAUAUCUGAUUAGUGUCGCAGGAAGUGAUACAACCGCAGCAAGUUUGACCAACGUAUUUUUUGAACUAGCAAAGGAUCAAUCCCUCCAGAAAGCACUUCAAGCGGAAUUGGACGCACUGCCAGACCUCUCAACUGACCAAUUGACGGGCCUGAAGUUUCUCGAUGCCAUCAUCAACGAGACUAUUCGUCUACAUGCAGUAGUCCCAUCUGGACUGCAGAGAGUGACUCCACGUGGAGGCCUCCAAAUAGGAGACACCUACAUCCCUGGCGACGUGAUGGUCGCAAUUCCGAUGCACACAUUAUUCAGAGAUGAACGAGCCUUUGCAUUUCCUACCGAAUUCCGACCCGAGAGGUGGACGACGCAACCGGAAAUGGUCAAAGAACCUUCAGCGUUCAUGCCAUUUGGAGCUGGUCCGUACAUCUGUGUAGGGAAGCAACUGGCAUUCAUGGAAAUUCGCCGAGUAACGGCUGAGGUGCUCACUCGAUAUGAUGUUUCGUUUGUGCCUGGAUUUAAUGAGGCUUCAUUCUGGAAGGGGAAGCGGGAUGCUUUUACGUUGGUUCCAGCACCUUUGGCGUUGGUUUUCAAGAGCAGAGAAGUGCUGUGA